AGAAGAAGAAGACGCAGCAGCAGAAUCUUUUCAGGUUAAAGCUAGGUUAACGUUAGAUUCUUUACAUUAUUUCCAAUAUUUUGCACGUUGAUGGAAACACAGAACAUCGCAGAGAGGGAAAUCGGAGAGCCCUCUCUCCCUGUCUCCUCCCUGCACCUGCUGGUUCCUCCACUUCAACUCUUCUCUGCAGCCAUGUGGCAGGUGCUGCAGCAGCAAGACGUGUUGCAUUAUGGGAAACUGGAGGAGUUUGUGUCUCUGGUGAUGGAGGCAUUCCCAGAGAUGCUGAGUGAGAGCCAGAGGACCGAGCUCACUCUGGGGCUGCAGUACAUGUCCACAGCAGGGUUUGGCUCCAAAACUGAUCCAGCUCUGGAGGUUCUGUUGUGGGAGUUUCUUUCCAGACUGGAUCAGCUGCUGCCGGUACCAGACCUCAAACAGACAGUGUCCUGGCUCAGUGCUGCCCCCUCUGUCCUGGAGGUCUGUGUGCAGUCUUUUUCUUGCCCAGACCUGCUGAAGACCCUUCUCAGGCACCAGAGAAGUCUUGGACAGGUGGAGAUGAAAGCAACAUGUUCCUCCAUAGAGGAGUGCUCUAUGUCCCACCCAAUCACUAAACAAGUGGAGGAUUCUACCAAGCUGACAAACCCCACCAGACAAUCAGAAUCUAUAACUGACUGCAUGAAAUGUGUAAACCCCACUUCUUCAGGUGAAGACAAACGGGCUGAGUCUGCGAUGGAUAGCUCAGAUUAUACAGGGGAGGAGCCAAGUUCAGGUUUGAAGAGAAAAGAAGAUCUAGAAGAGAGGACGGAGAAAACAACAGGAGAUCCAAGGAGCAAGGAGCAAAAAGACAUACUAACCAACCUGAAGAUGGAGGAAGAGGAGAAGGAAGAUUGGGAGAGGCUGAGUGUGAAAAUGGAGAGGGAGGAUGGUGUGAGAAAUGAAGAGAGACUCUGGAAGCAGGAGGAAAAAGAGAUGGAUGAACAGGAGGAGGGAUAUAUAAAUGAUCAGUUUGCCCAAACUGACAAAUUGUCGAAGAAUAUAGUAAACGUCUUGCCUGCACAACAGGAAGGGGAGGAGGCGUCUACGCUGGUCAAUUUCUGUCUGCUACAGCAGCAUACAGUGUGGUUUCCCCAAAUGGAAUCUAAUUAUAGCUCAGUCCCUGCAUUAUCUCGGUUGGAGGGACCCCUGGACCUCCUGCCAUCUUCAUCAGAGAACGGGAUCUGUGCUGAAGCCUCCCUUAUUUCUCCUGUCAUCUCCCACAGGAACAAAAACACCGGACAAACUGUGUCGCCUCAGGUCUUUUGCUGCUUCCAGUGCCCAUUCGUUGACACAGAGGAAGUGAAUCUUCACCAGCACAUUGAGAAGGUUCAUCCAGAGGAGCUCAACAGGACUGUGGGGUCCCAACAACCUUCCAGCAGCACAGAGCACACCCCAACACAGUCCCACACAGACACUCCAGGGGCCCACACAUGCUCCCAGUGUGGGAAGGUCUUCAAAUGCCAACGGCUGUUGACAACACACAUGACACUGCAUAAAAGAAAGCGCCCGCAUCAGUGCUCUUUGUGUGAGAACAGUUUCAGUAGUUUACAUUAUUUAAAAAUACACCAGCGAACCCAUACAGGGGAGCGUCCAUACCCCUGCUCCCAGUGUGGGAAGAGUUUCACUCAGUCGGAUAAACUGAAGGUACACCUGCGAACUCAUACAGGUGAGCGUCCAUACCAGUGCUCUUUGUGUGGGAAGAGUUUCACUCAGUCCGAUAAACUCAGCCUACAUCAGCGGACUCAUACAGGUGAACGCCCGUACCACUGCUCGCUGUGUGGGAAGAGUUUCACUCAGUCAAGUACUUUGAAGCAACACCAGCGAACUCAUACAGGAGAACGCCCAUACCACUGCUUGCUUUGUGGAAGCAGGUUCACUCAGUCGAGUGCUUUGAAGCUACACCAGCGAACUCAUACAGGGGAACGCCCGUACCACUGCUCGCAAUGCGAGAAACGUUUCAGUAGUUCAAGUAAACUGAAGCUACACCAGCUAACUCAUACAGGUGUGCGCCCAUACCACUGCUCCCUGUGUGGGAAGAGUUUCACGCGUUCAGAUUACCUGGCCAUUCACCAGCGAAACCACCUGAUGGGUCCUCUGCUCCCAAUGUAGGAGCAGCCUCAUUCAGUCACUACCAGGUUUCAAGGGAUUCCUAACAAGGACUUGCGAAUUGCCAAUUGCCCACGGGUUUUUCCAAUAUCAAGUAUAAAAAGAAAUUAAAUGCAAUGUUGAAAACUGCGAGUACAUUGUAAAACCACAUGUAUUUUUAUCGGGAUGUGGGAUUGUCAUUCCUUCAGAAACGUGAGAGGGGUCUCGCGGCGGACUGAGGACACCUCCAGCGCCUCCCCACCGUCUCCAACACCUCCCACCGCUUCCCAAACCUUCAUUCGGAAAAUUGUCAGUUUUACGACACAAGGAAAGCCAUACAGUUAGAUUAUGCAUAGAAAUAUGAGCAUGCCUUAUUUGCAAUGCAAAUAUUAACAUGAAUUACAUUUAAGCAGUUGAUUCCUAUUCUACAGACAAUCGUAGGUGAAUCACAUGCUCAGAUUCAUUAUCAGUAACGUUAGCUAAUGUUGCCUUUUCAGACACUGGCUGCCCCCGAUACAAUAUCAACUUUGCUCAAAAUGUAUGAUGAAGACUAUUCGUACCUAGUUACAUAAACGCGCAGCUUGUUAAGCAGUUUGGUGUUUGUUCCUAUUCUACAGGAGAUAAUAGGAGACUCCGAUCUUUGAAUCAAUGCAGUAGGCUAUGUAACGUUAGCAAAUGUUGCUAGGCUAUCACCUACCUAAAUUCAUAUGCUGGCUACCGCCGAUACAAUAUCAACAUGGAAUCGCAAGAGCUGCACUGUAUGAUGAAGAACUUUGGGACGAUUGAAAGUUGGAGGAGUUAGAGGUGUCCUCAGUCCACGGCCAGAUUUGCAUCAUUUUAGCGUAUCUGUAUAUGAAAUUAAAGUUUAUUGUACUGUUAUCGGUCCUAUAUGUUUUUUUUAAUCAUGUUAAAAUUUUAUCAUGGAUUUCAUCAUUGCAUGUACGAUUUUGUUGCGUGUAUGUAUGUUUGUUUAUGAGGAAUUAUAGUGCAGAAAUGUGCCGAGUGGUAACCUGUAUGUGAUCGUAAAUUAAAACAGCAUUUUGAUUAAA